AUGCCGUCAGUCCUCCGGCAAACGGACGGAGCAGGUUGCAGCAUCCCGCUCUUUCUGCGCGAGCUGGACCCCUCGAGCGGUAUCAGAGCCCAAAGCCUCAAGACUUGCCCGACAGCCUCGCCCGCGGACUCGGGGCAGUUUUGCAACGAGGAAGACGGGACAACCCUGAACUCGUCCCUCCCUCCCUCCGUCCGUUUUACAGACACGCUAAAUCAUGGUUGUCCUUGGUGGCUGGCAGGGGCAAAGUCUCCCGGGGAGAAGUCCCGCUAUGAAACCUCGCUGAACCUCACCACCAAGCGCUUCCUGGAGCUGCUGAGCCAGUCACCCGAUGGCGUGGUGGACCUCAACUGGGCGGCCGAGGUGCUGAAGGUGCAGAAGAGGCGUAUCUAUGACAUCACCAACGUCCUGGAGGGCAUCCAGCUCAUCACCAAGAAGUCCAAGAACAACAUCCAGUGGCUGGGCAGCCAGGCCACCGUGGGGGCCCCCGGCCGGCACCGGCUGCAUCCCUGUGUCUGCUCCUUGACACAUCGCACUGCAGCCUACGUGACCUGCCAGGAUCUCCGCAGCAUUGUGGACCCCUCGGAGCAAAUGGUGAUGGUUAUCAAAGCCCCCCCAGAGACCCAGUUGCAGGUCUCGGACCCAGCGGAGGCUUUCCAGGUCUCUGUGCGAAGCACUCAGGGCCCCAUUGAUGUCUUCCUCUGCCCCGAGGACAGCUCGGGGGUCUGUAGCCCCGUCAAGAGCCCCUUCAAAGCCCCCGCAGAGGAAUCGUCCCCUGGCCAUUCGCAGCCCAGAGCCUCCCCGCUCCUGCAUCCCACCCAGGAUGUGAACAUGCCGCUGCUGCCCGGAGAGCAAGAGACGCUGCUGCCGGAGACGAGUGCACUGCCCAGCAAGUGCCCGGCAGAGGAGGUGAGCCUCUCGCCGCUGGCCUCCAUGGACGCCCUCCUGGAGCAGAGCAGGGAGGAUUUUUCGGGUUUCUUGGCGGACGAGUUCAUCAACCUGUCGCCACCACAGGCGCAGGACUACCACUUUGGCCUGGAGGAGGGUGAGGGCAUCAGCGAGCUCUUUGACUGUGACUUUGGGGACUUCACGCCCUUGGACUUCUGA